ACCAAAACAGCCCCUUCCCUUGCCUUCUCUCUCUGUUUUUUGCAAAUAAACAAAACAAAAUAAAUCAAUCAAUUCUAUUACCUAUAAAAAUCACUCAAUCUAUCACUUCAUCUCCGUCACGUUUACGCUCACCACCACCUCUCCUUUUCCUUCCUUCUCUAAAUCCUUGCCGGGAACCACCGUUCUCCGGCGAAGAGAACCCCCCUUUAACCACCGACCCACCUGCCAUGUCCACCACUUCCAUCUGCUACUCAAUGACCUCAAUACCCUUCCUUUCUCUCACACCCCACACCACAACCUCAAAGCUCUUCACAAAACGAAACUCUUACACACCAAGCUCUUCCUUUUCUUCUUCAUCUUCUUCCUUUUCGUUUCCCAAAAGGGUAUUGAAAAAUGGGGUUGGUCUGUCGAUAAAAGCUUGCUCUACGUCGCCUUUUAUAGGGAGAGUCGGGUCACAGUGGAGAGAAGGCAACUCUUCGUUGCUGUCUUUUGGAACAAACCCAUCAGCUGCAAUUUCCCAAGGGGGUGCGCAGAGUAGCGAUGACUCGUCUCAGCUCUUGUCAGCAAUGCUUCCUUUUGUUGUUGCUGCCACUGCUGUUGCUGCUCUGGCUCAGCCUUCAACGUUCACUUGGGUAUCUAAGGAUUUAUAUGCCCCUGCUCUUGGUGGGAUCAUGCUCUCUAUUGGAAUCAAACUUUCCAUUGAUGAUUUUGCUCUUGCAUUCAAAAGACCUUUACCGCUCUCUAUUGGGUUUAUGGCACAGUAUGUGUUGAAACCGGUUCUCGGGGUACUGAUUGCAAAGGCAUUUGGCGUGUCUAGGAUUUUCUACGCUGGCUUUGUCCUCACCACUUGUGUUGCGGGGGCUCAGCUAUCUAGCUAUGCUAGUUUUUUGAGCAAAGGCGAUGUGGCCUUGAGCAUUCUCCUCACCAGCACCACCACCAUUGCCUCAGUGAUUGUUACGCCUCUACUAAGUGGCCUUUUAAUUGGUUCUGUUGUUCCAGUCGAUGCUGUUGCCAUGUCAAAGUCAAUAUUGCAGGUGGUUCUUGUUCCAGUAACCAUUGGCCUUGUGCUCAAUACUUAUGCAAAACCAGUUGUCAAUUUCCUUGGACCAGUGAUGCCAGUUGUUGCUAUGAUUUGCACUUCAAUGUGCAUUGGCAGUCCUCUUGCAAUUAAUCGGAGCCAAAUUCUGUCUGCAGAGGGGUUCCGAUUGAUUUUUCCAGUUAUAGCAUUUCACGCAGUGGCCUUCACGGUUGGAUACUGGGUAUCCAAAAUUCCAAGUUUGAGGCAAGAAGAAGAAGUCAGCAGGACACUUUCCUUGUGCACAGGAAUGCAAAGCUCCACCCUGGCAGGUCUCCUGGCAAGCCAGUUCCUUGGGAGCAGCCAGGCAGUUCCUCCAGCAUGUUCGGUUGUUGCCAUGGCUAUCGUGGGCCUUUUUCUUGCCUCUUUCUGGGGCACCGGCUCUCAAAUUAGAGACCUGCCUUCCCUACUGAUGCCUCAAACUGGUUCUACAAUGAAGGCUUAGUAGUGAAAGCAACAAUCAGAGAAUUCAGGGGGGCAUACAAUAACGCUAAUUUAGUGCAUACCGAUGAUGGGCUAAUUUAGUGCGUACCGAUGAUGGUCAGGGUCAGGGAUAAUAACGCAGAACAUAACAAAGAAGGACAUGGAAGAGGGAUCGGUAGUGGCCGUGCUGAACCACUUCAACUGAGCUGUAAAGCAAUACUGCAUACAGAGGAUCAGGAGCCAGAAUAUAGAUAGCGGGAAAACAAUAGUUUAGGCUAGAGUUGUAAAGUUGUUAAGUUCUUUAUAAUAUAGGCUGUUUCUUCAUCUUGCUACUUUGUAAACAAUCAAAGGGAAAAAAAAAAUGAUUUGGGUUGUA